UGUGAGGUGCACUUAUUAUAUCAGUUAAACCCAGGAAACCCUAUCAGAUUGUGGGACAUAAUAUAUAACGUGAAUAAACAGCAGAACAAACCCUAAUACCCCUGAAAGUUGCAGAGGAGGACGGGAAAAUGGUGUCGUUGAAGUUGCAGAAGCGCCUGGCGGCGAGCGUCCUGAAGUGUGGAAAGGGGAAAGUCUGGCUCGAUCCCAAUGAAAUUAACGAAAUUUCCAUGGCCAAUUCCAGGCAGAACAUUCGAAAGCUGGUGAAGGAUGGAUUUGUGAUUAGGAAGCCAAUGAAAAUUCAUUCUCGUGCUCGUGCUCGCCGUGCACUGGAAGCAAAGAGAAAGGGGCGUCAUUCUGGAUAUGGUAAGCGAAAGGGUACAAGAGAGGCUAGGUUGCCUACUAAGAUUCUAUGGAUGAGGCGGAUGAGGGUUCUGCGGCGACUGUUGCGUAAAUAUAGAGAGGCUAAGAAAAUUGAUAAACACAUGUACCAUGACAUGUACAUGAGAGUGAAGGGCAAUGUCUUCAAGAAUAAACGUGUGUUAAUGGAAAGCAUUCACAAGUCCAAAGCAGAAAAAGCUAGAGAGAAGACAUUAUCUGAUCAGUUUGAAGCCAGGCGUGCAAAGAACAAGGCUAGUCGCGAAAGAAAGAUUGCCAGGAGGGAGGAAAGGUUGGCACAGGGUCCAACAGAGCCAGCAUGAACACCAGCACUGCAAUCUGCUGGGGGAACAAAGAAGAAAUAAGAGAGGAGUGGUGAAAGUUUAUAGCCUUGGACAAAAAGCUUAUAUAUAAGCUGAGGAAACAUGAUUAUUAGAAUUUUAGGUUAGAACUGGGCAGAGACUAUUUUUUUUUUGUAACAUGCAUGUUUUUGCUAUUUUUCUUUGACCGAAUAGAACUGGUAUCAAAUUGUUGUUUAUUAACUCUUAAGGUAACCGUUGAUUUAAUUUUAAUGCCCGCUGGUAUUUAAUAUAA